GCCUUGCCUGCGUGCUGGCCUGGCACCGUGUCGCUGGCUCGUGUGUGACAUUGGCGACGGGGGCGGAGCGUUCUGCGGCCACCCAGUCCUAACCAACCCGAAGUGGCUCUCUCGACUCGUCGUCGACAUUCCGAGUGACUCUUCGUCUCGCCUACGGUGGCCGCGUCUCGUCGAUCGAGGCCUCCGAUCGCGCUCGGCGUGUUCGUUCGUUCGUUCGUUCGUUUCCCCCCUCGUUGCGCGACGAUCGCAACCCGCAGCAGUGUGUGGUGUGUGCACAAGCGUGCGUUCGUGUAUGUGUGCGCGCGUGCAUUGUAUUACGCUCCUACGACGGUUCCCCUGUGUGUUGCGCGCCGUGGCGUGGACGGCCACGAACGCUCUCUCGCUCUCCUCCUGCUCGCUCGGCCGCUACGCUGCUGCCGAGCGCCCGAGUAGUGUCGUGCCGUGUCGUGUCCCCGUGCCGUGCGUGCAUGCGCGCGUGCAUGUGCGCCGCGACGUCUCUCUCUCUGUGUGCAGCGAUAAAAGCGAAGGAAACGUCUCGUCUCGUCUCGUCUCGUCGCGUCGUCGCGUCGCAUUUCACCAGGCCGAGAGAGAGAAUAUCGAGCUAGAGGAUAUUGAAACCUCGUCAUCAUCAUCGUCAUCGUCGUUAUAUCGUGCCGUCGUCGUCAUCGUCGCCGCGAUGCCCUGGGCGUGUUUCUCCCGCAUUCAGACAGAAUAGUGGCAUGAGUCGAUUAAUCUAUGGCAGAUCAACAAGAUCAGUUGUCAUCAGGGGGGUCUGUAGAGAAGGCCAGUGCUUCAGCAGACACCUCUAAGCUUAGGGGGAAGGGCUCUAGUAGCGGUUCGAGUGGCUACAGAAAACGACAAAAUACUGGUGCAGUCCCAGAUAGCGUGGAAGAGAAGAGGCGUAGACAGACACCUGGUGAUCCGCAGACAUCCCAAUUUGACGGUAAUACAGCGCACACGCAUUCGAUCGAUUCUUCCAAGGGUGAGGGCAGAGUCAGGGGUGAACGAAGAAAUCAUGGAGCUGGCUUAGAAUCUUAUCCAGAUACUGACUGGAGGUCGCAUCAUAAGAUUCACCAAGCCAGCUACAGCAGUGGUAGCAGUGCGAGGGUGCGUAGCACGGCAAGAACGAAUUUGCCAGAGUUGAAUCCAACACCUACCGAUUGUGUGGCGUCGCGGACACGUUCCCGUACACCACAGAAUCCCCAAGCACUGACACAGGGAGUCAGCAGUUACGAUCUGUCACUGCCCAGUGGAUACGGUAGCCGAAAGACAAGUACCUACCUGGCUACCAGCUUGGUAGCUUCAUCGAGUGCAACGUCGAUUACUAGUCAUCCAUCCACGUCGAGAGGAAGAGGAGGCCAGAGGAUGAGCGAAUGUCUGGAAGGAUUUGUGUCUGCUGUCAAAGCACUUUUUCCAAUAUCAACACAAACCUACCAUCAAGAAGAUUCGAAAGCUCACGGUGGUGCAACCUGUAGUGCAACGAGCAGCAGCACGAGUAGUCAAGUCCUGGGUGUCAAGUCCAGCAUCAGAGUGGGUAACGCAGCAAGUAACUCUGUGGAGAGUGGUGGGGGGGCGUUGGCACAUGACGGGGCAGGCACGAGUGGCAUCACGUCAACGGCCACUGCCAAUCCACCUGUGUCUGCCGCCGUUUCUGCCAACCCUGCACACCCUCAUUCUACACACAAGCACCUGCUACGCUCUCGCGCGAAAGCCUCCGGUGAACAGCCGAAGGAACUGCCAUCCAGCAACAAGACUUCGGGGAAACAUCACAAGAAAGACACUACAACGGGUUCCUGCUCGAGUUCCAGACAUCGCUCCUCAUCGCGCGUGAGGAAGCCGGUGGUGGAGAGCGGCUCCGGUGGAUUAGGUAGUGUAAUGUCAGCCAAUGACUCUAUCAGCGCCACGUCAGUAUCAUCCUCCAUCCCGAGCAGUCAGUUAGUCUCGACCACAGGUGAGGAGGAGUCGGCAUCAACUGCGACAUCCGCCACAGCCAGUGGAGGACCAUCUGGAAUGUCGGGAACAACCGGUGAUAGCGAGAGCGACGAUGGGGAAGUUGGACGAUUACAGGCUCUGCUCGAGGCUAGAGGUCUGCCGCCUCACGUGUUCGGCGCAUUAGGACCGCGGAUGCAACACUUACUUAACCGAAGCAUGGGCGCAAGUUCCGCUGCUAAAGCGCAACAGCUACUAGCCGGUUUACAAGCUGUUGAGGACGAGGGAGAACAAUUGCAGGCCGUCAUGAACAUGGGAGAGAUUCUUGUGAUGGGCAACGAGGAUACUCUGACCGGUUUUCCCGUCAAGCAAGUGGUCGCAGCUUUAAUUAAUUUAUUGGGGAUCGAGCAUAAUUUCGCGAUAAUGACCCACGCGUGUCGUGCCCUUACGUACAUGAUGGAGGCGCUGCCACGGUCGUCCACUGUCGUGGUGGAUGCGGUACCGGUGUUCCUGCAGAAACUCGAAUCGAUCGAGUGCAUGGACGUGGCCGAACAGUGUUUGACAGCAUUAGCCAUGUUGUCACGCAGGCACAGCAAAACAAUUUUACACGCGGGUGGAGUAUCAGCCUGUUUGAAGUUCGUUGAUUUCUUCAACAUCACGGCACAACGUGCAGCGUUAACAAUUACCGCAAACUGCUGUCAGAAUCUUCACCCUGAUGAUUUUCACUUGGUAGUGGAUAGUCUGCCAUUAUUAACGAGCAGACUGACGAAUCAAGAUAAGAAGAGCGUUGAGUGCGUGUGUCAAGCAUUCAGUCGACUAGUUGACAGUUUCCAACAUGAUCCUGUGAUGCUGCACAAAAUUAUCAAUGCCGAACUCUUACAGAAUCUGCAACAGCUGCUCAUGAUUACGCCGCCGGUUAACAGCACUAACAAUUUCAUAACUGUAUUACGAAUGCUCUCUGUGAUAUCAAAUCGCUGUCCCGACUUGGCGCAGUUGUUGCUGCAACAAAAUAUAGCUUUCACGUUAAGUUAUCUCUUAACCGGAUCUCUGGAGGUCAAAACGGAGGAUGUGGAGUUGGUGCCGCGUACGCCGCAGGAGUGGUUCGAAAUUACGUGUUUAAUCGAGGAGCUUAUGCCUCCGUUACCAACAGAUGGGAUAUUCAGUGUAAAUAGCUUACUCGAAAGGACCAGCAAUCAACAGGAGACUGUCCAGUGGGAAUGGCGCGACGAAAGACAAUGUUCCCAUCCGUUCAGUACUAUAGAUUCUAGAAUUAUCGAGAUGGCGUUUCAAAAUGGCGAAGAUGAGAUAUGCCUUACCUCUUUAGGACGAACUUACACUAUAGAUCUGACUGUGAUGAAACAAAUUAACGAGGAUAUAGGAAUGGCAAGGAGUAUAUUUCGAAGAGUGAACGCCAAUCCCACUGAGGGGAAGAGUCCAACUUGCUCAUCUAGCUGUUACGCUAUUGAUUGCAGUAUGGAUGUUGUGCCUCCGGUAAUCGAAACGAACGAAUGGCUAGUGUCUUUUAUUCGAACCCUAUUCUCUGUACUGUAUGAGGUUUAUAGCAGCUCGGCUGGGCCCGCCGUGAAAUGCAAAUGCCUCCGAGCUCUUCUCCGUAUGGUGUAUUAUGCUUCAACUGAUUUACUUAAGGAUGUUCUAAAGAAUCAAGUGGUUUCGUCACAUAUAGCCGGUAUGUUAGCGUCGCAAGAUUUACGUAUAGUUAUCGGGGCUCUUCAAAUGGCGAGUAUCCUGAUGAAGAGAUUGCCGCAAGUGUUUGGGGUUCAUUUUCAUCGCGAGGGCGUGCUGCAUCAAGUUCGUCAAUUAGCAGAUCCCGAAGUACCUCUCGGUGUUUCACCACCUAAGUGCCCUUCUGGUACAUCAUUACCAAGCCCACAGCCAGGUCCGUCUAAUACACCACUUUCUUCCACCACAAUGUUGUCUUCUAGUAGUGCCACGUCUCCGGUUGUCUCUCCAUCUUCGAACGGCAACAUAUUGUUCGGCACAAUCGCGUCGUCGUGCCAGUAUAAACCAAAUAUCAGUGCUUCGUUGGAACCACACAGAACGGAGUUGAGCAACAGCGUAGAGGAAACGAACACGCCGCAGAGUGCUCACCUAAGGAUCGGUGACGUGCUGAAGAAGAAACGGCAGAACAAGAAGGGUCGUUUCUCGAGAUUGGGAGGCGCCACCACGCCGCAGCAGACGCAACAGCCAGAGACCCUGUUCACCGGUUUCACCGCGAAGAACAAUCGAUUUCUGGGGAAUCUCAAUCCGGCCAAGUGGGGCCGGAAAUCGUCCUCGUCCAGUACCAGCAACGACAAGAGGGACUCGAGCUCGUCCACGAAUCUGUCGAAACCGCCGAGUAAUCCGAGCCUGACUGGCGGAAAUCGGGAUAAAGCGAAGGCGUGGGUGCGCGAGCAGGCAGCGCAAUUCCUGGCGCGAUAUCAGGACGACGCACCUUGCUCGCAUCCCGCCCUGACGGUUCUCGCUCGGCUCACCGCUGCGAUACAACGUUUGCAGUCAAACGAAUUGGACGAGAUGCUGUCAGCACUAACGGAAUUACGGGACAUAGUCCUCGAGAGCGAUAUCUCGCCGUUCGAGAUGAAUUACAGCGGCCUUAUCAAGGCCCUGUUGAACUACCUCACUACCACGGAUGCACCGGGCAAUCGCUACGACCGUCUUCGUAUGUUUUGGAAAUUGUUUGCCGAGUCUACCAUGCAACAGAAUAACGACAUCAUGGACCUCAAUCCCGGGGCGUUCGGCGCUUUAGUAACGAAAUUGAACAGUUGCGUUGCACAGCUGGAACAGUUCCCAGUGAAGGUUCACGAUUUGCCCGCGGGUUCUGGCGCUGGCCGUGGUGGCACCAGCGCUCUCAAGUUCUUCAACACGCAUCAACUUAAGUGUAAUCUUCAACGGCAUCCGGACUGUAACAAUCUGAAGCAGUGGAAGGGCGGCACCGUGAAAAUAGAUCCGCUUGCGUUAGUACAGGCGAUUGAACGUUACUUGAUGGUACGUGGAUACGGCAGAAUACGGGACGCCGACUCGAUGGUCAGCGAUGACGACAAUAGCGAGGACGACAUUGACGAUACUUUGGCGGCAGUCGUGAUAAGCCAAGGACCGCCGAAACAUAAACUCCAGUUUUUAAUUGGCGACGUCGUCCUACCUUUCAACAUGACGGUUUAUCAAGCGGUCAGGCAGUUCGGAUGUUCCGGAGUGGACCACUCCGAGGCGGAGGCCGACAGCGAACCGCCGCUCGGACACGACGCGGUGUGGGUGCAAACUCACACGAUAUACUACAGACCUGUACCAGAAGAAGACGCCGCGACCUCUCCAAAAUCAGGCUCGAGCUCACAGGGUAAUAGCAGGAAGGGGAAGGGAAAAAGUACAAAGAUUAGUUCGAAAAGGAAAGAAGACAGUCUCUGGCUGGAAGGCACGGUUCCUCUUCAACACUGUCCCCUCGCGCCAUAUCUGUCCCCUACAUUACCACCCUCGGUAACCAUCACGGACGCAUCCCUCGACGGGCUGUGUCUACUACGGCUCUUGCACGCUCUCAAUCGCCAUUGGGGCAUACUGUUCCCACAUCUGAAAAGCAUGAGCCUGCUGUCGCCUCAGGACUUCAUCAACAAUAAGAUCGCCGCGAAAGCCAGCAGGCAGCUACAGGAUCCGCUGGUGAUCAUGACCGGAAACUUGCCAUCUUGGCUACAACAGAUCGCGUCUGUCUGCCCUUUUCUCUUUCCGUUCGAGACGAGGCAGCUGCUGUUGUACGCGACAUCGUUCGAUCGAGAUAGAGCGCUGCAGCGUCUCUUGGACUCCGCGCCGGAACUCUCGGGUUCGGACAGCCAGGAGCGCGUUACGCCACGCCUAGAACGAAGGAAGAGAACUAUCUCGAGAACGGACAUUCUCAAGCAAGCGGAACUGGUGAUUCAAGACUUGGCCUCCAACAAGGCCUUACUCGAAGUGCAAUAUGUCAACGAGGUCGGUACCGGUCUCGGACCAACUUUGGAAUUCUACGCUCUAGUCUCCAAGGAACUGCAACGCGCUGAUUUAGACUUGUGGCAUGGCAGUUCGAAUCCUACCGAAAACGGAUACGUUAAUUCCGCACACGGGCUCUUCCCCGCGCCGAUCCCAUGGAACACUAAAGUGUCUCAUCUAGCAAAAUUGAGGACAAAGUUCAAGUUCCUUGGGAAGUUCAUGGCGAAGGCAAUAUACGACUCCAGAAUGUUGGACUUGCCAUUUAGUUUAACCUUCUACCGCUGGUUACUGGGAGAGGAGCAUACUCUCACGUUGGCGGACUUGGCAUACGUAUGUCCCGACGUACAUCGCACUCUCAGCAAGCUCCAGGAGGUCGUGAGGAAGAAGGAGGCUAUGGAGAAGGAUCAGACGCUACGGCCGCACGAGAAAGCGCAGUUAAUUGAGGCUCUCGAUUUAGAUACGUGCCCAAUUUCGGAACUGGGCCUCGUGUUCGAGUUGCCGGGCUACGAGAAUAUCGAAUUGCGGAAGGGCGGUAGCGAAAUAUCCGUUACUAUUUACAAUUUGGAUCAAUACAUUAAGUUAGUGGUACACUGGUUCUUGUAUGAAGGAGUGUUCAGGCAAAUGGAGGCCUUCCGGGAAGGAUUCGAGUCGGUAUUCCCUCCGUCGCAACUGAGACUGUUCUUCCCGGAGGAGCUGGAGGCGGUGUUCUGCGGCCACGCGCAAACCGGCGGGCAGUGGGACGUGAAGACCCUUGCCGAGUGCUGCAGGACCGAUCACGGUUACACCCCGGACUCGCGGGCCAUUCGUUUUCUGUUCGAGGUCAUGUCCAAGUACAACAGCGAGGAGCAGCGACAGUUCAUCCAGUUCGUCACCGGUUCACCGCGCUUGCCCGUCGGAGGUUUCAAAAGCUUAACGCCUCCGUUGACGAUAGUGCGCAAGACCUUCGAUCAGUCUAUGAAGACCGACGAUUUCCUACCAUCGGUAAUGACUUGCGUUAACUACCUAAAACUGCCUGAUUAUACCACUCUGGAAAUAAUGCGGGAAAAGUUGCGGAUAGCCGCGCAAGAGGGUCAACACUCGUUCCAUCUCUCCUAGAAACGGAUGGAAGAUCGGCGCUUCGUUUUCUCCUUUACUCUUUACAUUAUCCAGGCCGCGAAUUAUCCGAGCUUCGUUUGAGAUCCACGUGAAAAUUGCACACGUUGCCAGUGAGCGAAUCCAACGUGACAACGGCUUCUUCUUCUUUUUUUUUUUACCCCUCUUUUAUGUGAGUUCUUUUGAAGACAACCUUUGAUUUCUUGGAAAAAAAAAAUUCGUCGCGGAGUAACAGUUCUUUCUUUUGGUGUUCAUAUCUUUGCGAUUUGGAUUGUGAUAUACGUUGAUCAGGAAGAAAAGUGCAGAGCUGCAUAAUUUGCCCGAACCGCGCGAGUUCACGGACUCUCGCGGACGCUACGAACCGAGUGGCUUGCGAGCGACCUCGUUUUAGGGGGAAAACAAAAACUUAUCUUCAGUGUGUUACAAUAAUAAAAAAAAAAGGAAAGAAAAA